CGAUACACGACACAUACAGAUACACACGUACAUAUAAUAACACUACAUAUUAUAUAUAUAUACAUAUUCUACAAUCAUGUCAGUUGUCGGCUUUGAUGUAGGUAACCUAAAUUCGACCAUCUCCGCUGCGCGCGCGGGUGGUAUUGAGGUGCUUGCCAAUGAGUACACGUACCGUAUGACCCCCACAAUCGUCUCAUUUGGCCAAAAGAUGCGAUUCAUGGGUGAAGCAGCACGUCCUCAGCUUACAACCAACUUCAAGAACACCGUAUCACAAGUCAAGAGACUUAUUGGUAUGCUUUACGAUGACGAAGAUGUACAGACAGAGCUGGCUAAUGUGCCAUACAAACACAGCAGACGCGAGGAUGGUCGCAUCAACCUCACCGUCAUCUUCAAGGGCGAGGAGCGCAACUUCACACCAGAGCAAGUAUACGCCAUGUUCUUGACACAACUCAAACAGACUGCGGAGCGUGAGCUUAAGAAGCCUGUGGUGGAUAUCGUCGUGUCCUGCCCCAACUGGUUCAACAACUUCCAACGCGAGGCCAUUCUGCACGCUACCAACUACGCCGGACUUAACUGUGUGCGUGUGCUUAACGACACAACCGCCACCGCCCUGGCGUAUGGUAUUUACAAACAGGAUCUGGAUGAGGAGAAGCCGCGCCACGUGGUGUUUGUAGACAUGGGUCACUCAUCGCUGCAGGUGGCUGUGUGCACGUUCCUCAAGGGAAAGUUCUCAGUACUAGCCACAGGCGCUGAUACCAAGCUCGGAGGACGCGACUUUGAUCAACUCAUAUAUGAAAAGUUCCGUCUCGAGUUCUUAGCCAAGUCCAAGAUCGACCUGAACGAGAAGCCCCGCGGCAAGGCCCGGCUUAUGGGCGAGUGUGAGAAGGUGAAGAAGCUCAUGAGCGCCAAUCAGCAGCCUAUCCCCAUCAACGUGGAGUGUGUGACGGACGAUGCCGAUUUCCACUCCAAGAUGUCUCGUGAGGAGUUCUAUGAGAUGGCCAAGCCACUGUUCGACCGCGUGCAGGGCCCUAUUGAACAGGCGCUGAUGGACUCGAAGCUGUCUCUGCAGGAGAUCCACUCUGUUGAGAUUAUCGGUGGAUCCACUCGUAUCCCCAAGAUCAAGGAGAUCAUCUCUGGCAUUUUCGGUGAGAACCGCAUGCUCACCACGCUCAACGCCGACGAGAGUACGUCCCGUGGGUGCGCUCUCAUGGCCGCUAUCCUGUCGCCAACCUUCCGCGUGCGCGAGUUUUCGGUCACCGACUCCACGCCUUACCCCAUCGACCUCAAGUGGAAGAUCAAUGAUGAACCCAGUACGGCGGUAGUUUUCGAGCGCCACAACCCCAUCCCCAGCACAAAGAUGCUCAAGUUCAAGCGUUCAGAGCCCUUCGAGCUGGCUGCAUACUACAAUGACCCCUUGAACGUACCAGGAGAACGCAAGUUCAUCGGACGUUACCGUGUCGACGAUGUCAAACCCGACAGUGAGGGUAACCCCAUCCAGGCGAAGGUGCGUGUGCGUUGCAACAAGAACGGUAUGUUCUCUGUCGAGAGCGCCCACUGGGUCGAAGAGAUCCUAGUCCCGGAGGAGCCAGUAGCACCCGCUACACCGGAGCCUAUGGCCGAGGAUGGUAAGGAGGGCGAUGAGGAGAAGGCCGCGGAUACACCCGCCGAGCCUACUGAACCCGCCGAGCCCAAGUUCAAGAAGGUGCAGCAAACACACGCACUCAAGGUGGUAGCCUUGGAUACUGCGUCCAAAGAGGAAUUGAGCAAGAACCUCGAGGUUGAGAUGGAGUUGACCAUGAGCGACAAGCAGGAGCGUCAGCGCGUGGACUCCAAGAACGCCCUAGAGGAGUUCGUAUACGAAGUGCGCGAGAAGAUGGACACCGUCUUCAGCAAAAAUAUCGAGGACGAUCGCAAAGAGCGUGUCUCAGCCGAGUUAAUGGCCAUUGAAGACUGGCUGUACGAUGAAGGUGACGACGUACAGCGAUCGGAAUAUGUGACGCGUAUGGAGAAGCUAGAGGCCGAGAUAGCGCCCGUCAAGUCGCGUGCCAGGGACUGGGAGAACCUGCCCGCGGCGGAGGAGGCGAUCCGCCGUAGCAUUGUACAAUACCGCAAGGUCGUGGAUCAAUACCCUAAUGAUGAGAAGUACAAUCAUAUUGCGGCUGAGAAGAUCCAGGCCAUCAAGGAGGUGAUUGAUGAGAAGGACUCGUGGUUCAACACAAACAUCGCCGCCAACAAAGGACUUACGCCCAAGCAAGACCCUGUGGUCACCCCUGCCCAGGUGACUGAGGCGCGGAUGGCUAUUGAGAAGGUUAGUAUCCCAAUCCUAAAGACCCCUAAGCCUAAGGCCCCCACUCCCGAGCCCACGGCUGUGCCGGAACCUGCUGCAGCUCCCGAGGCAGAGAAGAAGGACGAGGCCGUUCCCGAUGCGACACCCACAGAAUCUGAAAACAUGGAAGUGGAUUAAACUACGCAUCGAUAACCCUUAGAACUGCAAGCUUUGCUUUGCUGCCCCUCUACUUACCUUUAGUCUAUCGUCUGCUCUCACGAGUUGUGAGUUGUGUGCACGAAUAAAAUCAUACCAAAUUAUACCGCUUUCAGUUUGCUGUUCAUGUGUUAUCUGUCGCAUAAUGUGGAGGUGCAUACGACACUAUUCACUGUUGAGCUAACUAUUUCCUAAUUCUUCCAAUAUCCAUUUUAGAAUCUGUUCACCCCUAAAAUCUCAGAGAUAGUGCGCUACGGGUAGGUAGCGUGCAAGAUUAUAAAUACACCCUCUAACCUCACAGAGGGAAUCUCCCCCUUUGAGGACUCCGUCACUCUCGAAGGAAGAGCGUGUAGGGGGUGUCUUCUGAGAAAUUCGCUGCGUACUAUUCUCGUAGAUUAAUCAGUGCACAUACCCGAUUAAACCUAUAUGAUGAUGACACAAACGAGGAGUGUGCUGUGUGUAUAGGGCGAGAUGGCCAGUUGACAACCUACAGAAAACAAAUGUUAAAUACUGACAUGACCCUCUAGAGAAUAAAGAAAAU